AUGAACGAUGACGUCUCGGAACUCGCCAAUAAUGUCAGGUCAAAAUUAUCAUUUCAUUCCCAUCGGCACGCAUUUCGUCCAGCUUUUGAAGAGCAACUUCUUUCCAUGACUGAUCUUGCGAACCGUAUCAACAAAUUCCCAAUCCCCUUCGAUCAUGAUACAGUGCAGAAACAAAUUUCCCAGCCUAUCGACUAUGCGCUGCAGCAUCAAGUGGACGAACUGGAUGACGGGGAGCUUGGUCGCCCUGCUGUCUCUGUUCUUACUUCUUCGAAACGACGGGACAAUCUAGACAAUCAAUCUCACAAAUCAAGUACAAGUAGAGCAUCUGGGCCAGAGCUUACUCCUAGUAAGCGUCAAGGAAGGGGUGCACAAAGUGCAAAAGCCUGGCUUCUAGGUUGGCUCAUCGUAGCAAAGAUGUUUCGGUGCCACGUCACCCAUCACCAGCCAUAUUGCAGACUGCUCAUUCAACUGGCGCACAUUCUUGUUCCCAAUGCCGAGGCUUCCAAUGACUCCCUGCUACUUCUAUACGAGUUCAUGCUAGGCAUGGCUCCCCGAACACUCUGCAUUCAUAGCCGCCUUUUUCUUAUGCCACUUUUAGUCAAUAUACAUGCAGCUCUUGAUGAUCAUCUGCUUUUAAUUAUACCAUCUCUUGCUUUACUGGACAACAUCCACGUCUACCUGGAGAAAGUGCAUGAAGCAAGACGCAAGCGGAACACCGAAAAAAAAGUGGGUGCAAACAACCUCUGGAAUGAAUUGCGAAAAGGGAAUGUGGACGGUCUAUCUCAUUUUAAAGAUGGCAAUCUCUACUCCUACCAUGUUGUACUCUGCGCUAACAAUGCUCCUGCUUUAAACACAUUUUUCUCCCCCUAUCAAACGUCCGGAUUCUACUCGCACAUUUCCCCAUUUGCUGCCCUUCUCAACGCUUUUCGGACAUUGUAUGUCUGGAAAGAACGUCAUAGUAAACCGGCUUCGACCUUAUACUCCGCUCUCCAAUAUUCCGAAGUUCCUGAACCACAAAUGAUUGUGGAAACGAUGCAUGCCAUCUCUACCAUACUGAUGGAAUUACGAACACGGUUUAUCUCAGAAGGUAGCCAGCGGCAAAGCCCCUGGAAGCCAAGGAGGGGAGGUGGUGGGAGCUCUGAAGAAGACUUCAAAAAGUACGGUUUCGAUUUUCUGGACUUUGGUGGCAAUGGAGACGAUGAUAAAGGAGAUGCGGGAGAUGCAGGUACAGAACCAGCAUCGAGAUCCUCCCCUCCAGCUGCAUCUGAGGAACCACGGGAAGGUGAUAUAAUAUUCUUAGUGCCUGAGGAGUCUCCGGGUUCUCUUUGGAGUGACGAUGACUGCAAUGAAGGUAUUGUUACCUCUGAUCCUGGUUAUCAUGAUCUAUCGACUGGGCUGUCUCCAGCACAGCGAAUCGUGAAUGCGUGGCGUCGAGAAAAUAUCCCUGUGUUCACAUCUUCCGCGGAUCCUUCUUCUCGUACCUCAUCUGUCUUAUUGUCUCUGGCCACCCCACCACCGCAAGAGCCUCGCACCAAAGAGCCAUUCACUGUUAAGAAGGGUCAAUUUGGUAAAUCAUGGAACCCCAACUCUGACUCUUCGAAUAUUUGGUCCGUCGAACCCAAUUAA